AUGCCGCCCCAGGCCCCAUUCGGCCAAGAGGCUUUGGAUCGCAAGAUUGCCGUGGACCCAGUGACACUGUUGCUCCCUGCCUCCUUUCGCAAUCGCCAGCACGCGCUUUCCCGCGCCUCAACCAAAUCCAUCCGUACCUAUGGCUCGCCGGCCGACCGGUGCCCCCCACAACCCCUGAACUAUCUGGUCGCCACGUCCCGUGAAAUCACAGUCGAUGAGAGGAUAGACAUGCACAUGGUCUGGGAGAAGUCACGGCGCAUCCACCUCAAGCCUCUUCCACAAUACCUGCUCGACCAUCACUUCUGGGACUCGCAUCUCAUUUGCCGAGGACCAUGCUGUAUUCCCGGACCGGACUCGGACCAGCCACCUCCAACAACGAAAGAAUGCACAAAGGAGCUCUCUCAAUGUGGGUUUGGGUUUCUCUUUUCCUACAUAGCUCUCAUCCGGUACAAGAGCGAUUUUCAAAUUGCGCGAACUCACCACCUCCUACCGGAGAAUCUUGACUGGGAGACCUGGCUCAGAUUAGUCCAACAUCUUUUGGAGAGCAACGCUAUCAAUCCCAAAAAUAUCAACCCGCGAUACCUUUACGGAGAGUUACGACUAUCUCGGCUCAACAAGAUCUACGCUAUCCGCCAUCUACAGGUUUUCCGAGGGUAUCAGUUCACCCGACACACAUAUGGCGAAAUAUUCCGCGAAUAUCUGACCCCGCUGACUGCAGCAACCAUCUAUGUCGCACUGGUGUUGACGGCGAUGCAAGUCGGACUAGCCACCACACGUCUAAACAACAGCCCGGCCUUCCAGAAUGCUUCGUACGGGUUUACUGCUUUUGCCAUCCUGGGACCGCUGGUUGGGAUUCUACUGGUGGUAUUGAUUUGGGCCGUGCAAUUCAUCACCAAUCUUAUAGAAACAUGCCAGUUCAAUCGGCAUCGGUCUGUGGAUAUUGAACGGUCGGGACUUUAA